AUGAUGCGACCGAAAGAUUUGCGCCAGGGCUCUGGCACCAAGACUUUCCUGGAUGCCAUGCACGGUGGCAAAGUUCACUUGGCGCGCUUCAUCCUGGAUGCACUGGAUGGACGCAUCAUCAACUCGAAGACGGAGAACAGCCGCACCCCGCUGAUGUUUGCCGUGUGUCUGCAGGACCCAGGGGCGAGGGCCAAGUUCACCCGGCUGCUGCUGGAGAAAGGUGCUGAUGUCAACUGUCAGGAUGAGGAUGGCCGCACAGCCCUGAGUCACGCCUGCGAGAUGGGUCACCUGGAUGCGGUCAAACUUCUUGCGCAAUACAACGCUGACCCAGAUGUCUCUGAUGCCUGGGGGAAUAGUGCUCUGAUGUACGCUGCCUUCUCUGGACACAGUCAGGUUAUUGAGUUCCUGGUCCGUGCUUUCAAAAGACUUGGGCUCAAGCUGGACAGAACUAAUAAUGCAGGUCACUCAGCCAUCCAGGUGGCCAACUUUUUUGGACACAACCAAUGCGCCCAGAUACUAAGCUUCCCUUGCAGGAAGGGCGCAGGGACAGAUGAGCCACUUGUUGAGGCAGGGAGCUCUGCAGUCGGAGAGUGUUCACUACCCAACAAGCUUCCCCGGCAUGUCCUGGAGAGAUUUUCCAAGCAGGUCAGCAAAAAUGAAGAUCAACUGCCGGGCGUAUUCCAGAGACAGCUGAGGGUGGGAGACAGUAACGGCUUGUGGAGCCGCCUCAGAUGUCCGAGGAGCCAGUCUCCAGACUGUGACAAACAGCGUCACCACCAGGCUCUCCCACAACAGAUGGACGGGGAUCAAAGAACUCUCUUCACGGCCAAACAGCUCCAAAACUGCCAGCAAAAAGACCCGAGAGGGGUUAAAACACUGAACUCCCUUCCCGAGCCGAGUCAGAGAGGCAUUGGCCAAGACGAACAACUUCAGUGGGAGACACGGGAAAGCUUUCCACUCUGGGGCAAAGCAAAGUCAUUCAACCUGGACCUCCUGAGCAGCAGAAAGCAGUCCUAUCAGGGAGAUGUGCAUGACAUGAGCUUGUCAGCCAGCAAAUUAAAGAGAGCCUCACUGCAGGACGAAGGAUCCCUGAUAAACAAGAUCGAAUGUGACGGGAACACCCGGGGCCUGAUAGAUGACGCUGACAAAACCGACGGCGUGCCAAAACCGCUUUUGAAUGGCAAGAGUCAGUCUGUGAGAGCAGCCGAAGAAAAUGGCAGAUCGCAGAAAGAUGAGACUGACCACAUGGCUGCAUCGGGCAAGAAGGAGCUACAAAAGAGGGGGAGCAUCUCAUUGACUGGCAGAAACAAGCUGCUGUUUGCAAGAGGGGAGAUGGAGUCGGGGAAGAUUCCCACCCGUGCCCCGGGGCUCAUGGGGCUGGGGACGAGACUGCUUCGUCGAUUCACCGCCCCAGAAUUCAUGAGGAUGGUGAUAGACUGUUCCCCAGGCUCCUCACACUGCAGGGGCCGGAUGUCCCGCUCCGAGACCUUCCCCUUGUCUCAGACACACCAGCAAGUCAACAGCCAGCCCAGCGUCGACAGCAUCAGUGGAGUCAGGUGCGAGUUUGAAAGCAACUUUUCUCAGUCCAGCAUAGACUAGAAUGGGGACAACGUGAAGCAGCAGAUAUAGAUG